AUGCUCACUUUUAGAGUGCACAGCACACAGAGAGCAUACACUACACAGACACUCAACUCCAUCAACAACAUCUUGUCCACCACUGGUCGGCCGUCUCCCACCAACGGUCAACGAUGCAUCACCUUCCAGGUUCUCACUGUUUCGCAACGGGUCCCGAGGCUCGGCAACAGCCCUGCCCCAAGUUCCAACUUCGUCCCGACGGGGCGCGGGUCCCGCACAUCACACAUUCCGUACCCGUACGGAUACACAACCGUUGACACUGGCCGACCCUUGUCCUCCCGACGGACAGGAGGAAUCGCCGUCGGGCUGCGGCACAAGGCGAGAUGCAAGCGGGGAGAGGGGCGAGAAGCGAUACCCUGGGGCACAUGGUGUCGUUUCGUAGCCAUCUCGUCAAUCUCAACCAUCUCAUGUUCUCUCGCUCGCUCGCUCCCUCCCUCCCCGAACCGUUGGACAAGACAAGGAACAGGAACAUCCAACACCACUCCAACGGGCCCGACUCCCUUGCCCCCGCUGUCGAACACGGCCGUCCGGCUCCCCGUGCUUGGCCUGCUUCUGGCCCUGGCCCCUAUAUCACAUAUAAUGUACUAUGUGGUAUACAUCCGCCGUUGACCUCCAACAGACACCCCGGCCCAUCUUGGCCAGACUGGGACACACACACACACACACAUACACACCACAUACACGCAUAAUCGUGAAGCCCAAUCCUACGGAUACAUGGUGACAGUAUUGGCGGGUCUAGUUGGUCUCCAGUCUCCGGCUUCAACUCCCUAGUGCUCCCAUCGCAGCCUGCCAGCCUCGCUACUGCGACUCCUCCCGUCUGUUACGCACCUGUGGCACGACCUCGGAACCCGUUCCCUCUCUCCCGUCUCUCCAUCUUCGUCCCUCUCUCUUGGACGCCCCCUGAGACGCCUCUGCUGCUCUGAGAAGAGUUUAUUUUCGUGGUUCAGUAGCGGACCGGCCUGGCAGGGGUACACGCCUUGUUCGGGGGUGACGCCAACCCGAAAGUGAUCGUCUUCCCUGUCUACAAGCCGCUCAUCACAGCCAUGGCCCACCGGUCACCGACCCCAGGCGGAAGAUAUUGUCUCUCUCUUUUCACUUCUUCUUGGAGGGACAAGGGUCCUGUCCGCCGGGUCUGCAUCCGGCGCGAGCCAGUGCCAGCCUGCCAAGCCCUAUGCUGAUGACGACCCAAUAAUGGAGCUUCGAGAGACAGAUUGGAUGAACCUUCGAACUAUGGACCUCCAUAUCUCCACGCCACACCAACCAGUGGAGCCAUUGUCAAUGCCCUCAUCCUCGUAGCAGGUUUUCGUUCAUCAUCAGUUGAUAGUAAUCCAACGAAGGCGCACACGCGGCGGCGGAAACGUGGAGAUGGUCGCAAGCUUCUCGAUGUUGGAAAACAAGCACUAACGCGUACAAAACGGCACUCGGGUUCUGCGGCCUCGGCUUUCUUCGUGUAAGCCGAGUCGAGUCCCCUCCCCCCCCCCCCCCUCCCCCCUGGGUUACCGGAUAUCACCGCUGCCCUUCGCCUCCGAGAAGGGGAAGGGGGCUUCAUCAUGGUGUCUAUCCGUCUAUCCUUCCCCCCGUCAGUUCUCACCGGCACGUCUGAUGACCCAACUGCUACCAACUGCUACUACCAUGACCAAAGAUAGCCUCAUUUGCCUACCCUUGACCAUGAGCAAAAUUCUGCCCUUGGCCGACCUGAGCCGACCCGCAGUUUAGUCCACUAAUCAGCAGCGGAAGAAUUC